UUUAUCGGUGUGUUAAAAAAUACUCAAGAAGGUGUGCAACACUGGUUUCACAUUGUUUACAAAAUGACCAAAGCUAAUAAAACACCGCAAAAGCCGUGUGAAGCCAAUUUAAACGUAUCUUUGACACCAGUACGAUAUCUCGACAGCCCACGCCAGCAAUCGCCGACCACUAGCCACGAUUCAACCUUGGCCACCUGUAAAACUCGACUAGACAGCUUAACCAAGCAACUGCAGGACAACUACGCCAAAUGGCAGCUGGCCCAGCAGCGCGGCACCGCCAUUUGCUAUGCCAUUGAAGCCAAGAAGACCAAGUGCUUGGACAAAAGCGAGGAGGAGAAGAGUAAAACCUAUCCAGAUGACCUAAUCCUGCCCUGCAACAAGUUGGCCAUCAUAGCCUCGAUUUUCGGCGAUAUAGCUAAUAACACCAAGGAGAUUCUACGGCAACUGAGAGCCAUUUCCAAAUUGCCCGGUGCUGCAGCGGAUACGAUAUUCUAUAGAUCCUGGAAGUUGCCACAGUUUGUGGUUUUUACCAAAGAACUAGCGGAAAGAUACGAACAGGAGGCCUUGAUUAAAAAGGAUGUGGCGGAAAACAUUGCCCACGCGAUCGACAGGAGCCAACUGAUCGCCUACACGACUUUUUGGGAGUUCCCCGAGCACGUGGAUACAUAUGUGCACUUGGGUUUCCUUCUCCUCUCCGAAGAACUAAACUUAAAGCAAUAAACAGGAGUAAAUAUUCA